AUGGCUUCUGGUAAUUCAAGAUUUGUAAGAUUUCAAGAUGAUCCUGAACUAGCAAAAAUCCCAACAACUAACGGUGACAUUGGAGUCAAGUUUAAAUACAACUUUGAUGGAACACUAGUAGCUGAGCCUAGUGCCAAAAAGGGUCAGAAGGAGGAGACAAGGAAGACAGGAAAGUUCAUGAAAGCUAGAGUAUUAUCAAGAGUAUUCUCAGAGGACUACGAUAGAGUAAGAAGAAGAAUAUUAGAUCCCCGGGGUCAAACCAUUCAUCGCUGGAACAAGAUUUUCUUGGUAGCAUGUUUAGUUUCUUUGUUUGUGGACCCUCUCUUCUUUUAUUUGCCACUAGUUCGAGAUGAAGUAUGCAUUGAUAUUGGAACAGCACCUGAAGUUAUCCUCACAAUUAUAAGAUCAAUGGCAGAUGUCUUUUACAUGAUUCAGAUUCUCAUGAGGUUUCGUACAGCUUAUGUUGCUCCUUCUUCCCGGGUAUUUGGGAGAGGAGAACUUGUUAUAGACACUUCUAAGAUAGCAAAUAGGUACCUCUGCAAGGGUUUCUGGUUAGACUUUAUUGCUGCCUUGCCCCUUCCUCAGAUGUUAAUUUGGAUUGUCAUCCCCAAUCUUGGAGGUUCAACCAUGGCUAACACAAAAAAUGUCCUUCGCUUUAUCAUCAUUUUCCAAUAUUUGCCGAGGCUAUUUCUGAUUUUCCCACUUUCAUCCCAAAUAGUAAAAGCUACAGGGGUUGUGACAGAAACAGCAUGGGCAGGGGCUGCUUACAACUUGGUGCUUUACAUGCUGGCUAGCCAUAUUUUAGGAGCUUGCUGGUACCUUCUAUCAAUUGAACGACAAGAAGCAUGUUGGAGGAGUGUCUGUGAUCUGGAGGAGUCAUCUUGUCAAUAUAGAUUCUUUGACUGCAACAUGGUUAAAGAUGCCCACAGGGUAUCCUGGUUUAUAACAAGUAAUGUCACAAAUUUAUGCUCACCAAAUGCUAACUUUUAUCAGUUUGGUAUAUACGGUGAUGCAGUGACAUCCGAAGUUACAAUCUCAGCAUUCUUUAUUAAGUAUUUCUUUUGUCUAUGGUGGGGCCUAAGGAAUCUGAGUUCUUUGGGACAAGGUCUUCUUACUAGCACUUAUGUUGGAGAAAUAAUGUUCGCCAUUGUUGUUGCAACCCUUGGAUUGGUUCUUUUUGCAUUACUGAUUGGUAAUAUGCAGACAUACCUACAAUCAACUACUGUCCGCUUAGAAGAGUGGAGGGUCAAGAGAACUGAUACAGAACAAUGGAUGCGUCACAGGCAGCUACCUCCAGAACUAAGACAAUCUGUGCGUAAAUAUGAUCAAUAUAAAUGGCUUGCUACUCGAGGAGUAGAUGAAGAAUCUCUUCUCAAAGGACUUCCAUUGGAUCUUCGGAGAGACAUCAAGCGCCACCUUUGUCUUGAACUAGUUAGACGUGUCCCACUGUUUGACCAAAUGGAUGAGAGGAUGCUAGAUGCAAUAUGUGAAAGGUUAAAGCCUGCAUUGUGCACAGAAAGCACAUGUUUAGUUCGUGAAGGUGAUCCUGUGAAUGAGAUGCUUUUCAUAAUUAGAGGGCAUCUUGAUUCUUACACCACCAAUGGAGGCCGCAGUGGUUUCUUCAAUUCAUGCCGUAUUGGACCAGGUGAUUUCUGUGGUGAGGAACUGUUAACAUGGGCCUUGGAUCCAAGACCAAGUGUCACACUUCCUUCAUCCACUAGAACAGUUAAGGCCAUCUCUGAAGUAGAGGCUUUUGCCCUCAUAGCUGAAGACCUGAAGUUUGUUGCAUCUCAGUUUAGAAGACUACACAGUAAACAACUUAGACACAAGUUCAGGUUUUACUCACACCAAUGGAGAACAUGGGCUGCAUGUUUUAUACAAUCUGCAUGGAGAAGGUAUAAGAAACGAAAGGAAGCUGCUGAAUUGAAGGCCAGGGAGAAUGUCACGGUUGAUAAGCCUGAAACACCAACAUAUACAUCAGGCUUAGUUGUGUAUGCAACAAGGAUGAAGAGGAGCACUAGGAAGGGUGUGAAUAUGAAUUCUGGAACAAAUUCAAGAGUAGUCAACUCUAAUUUGCAGAAGCCAGCAGAACCAGACUUUUCUGUUGAUGAGUAA